AUGCAGAUGCCGGCUAUAUGCCUGCGUCCGACCCCGACCCCGACUCCUAGCCUGCUGCCGCUGGUCCAAACGGCCAACAUUUCGAUGAGGGAGAAGAAGAAGAAGAUGAAGCGGGACCCCUACGGCUGGGCCCAGGCUCAGCAGCGCAAGAACGCACAUCUCGAGCGCCGCGCCGAGAUCGACAAGGAGCGCAAGGCCAGCCAGGGCGACCCCGUGCACGGCAUCACGACGCCUUUUGUCGAGUCGUUCGACACGGCCGGCCAGGAACCCGUCUCACCCGAGGACCCAGUCACCGGAGAGACCCGGCCACUGCCGACGUCGCCCCACAUCAUCAACAACCUGCUCACCAAGGAGGAGCUGGAGCGGGCCAUCGAGCACGCGCGGCGGGUGACGAAGCCGUUGUCGGGGGAGGAAAGCUCGGCGCCGGACCCGACGACGGAGGCGCUGGAGCUGGAGGAGCACGCCUUGAAGCACGAGAAGGCGCUCGAGGCGCUGAAGCGCAUCACCGACCUCAAGAACGCCAACGCCAAGGACCGGCGACACGCCAACAUCCAGCGGUGCAUCGAGAAGUUUGGCCGCCACGUCACGGACGAGACCCUCGACAACCCCGCGCCACCGCCGGGACGCUACCAAGCGCCGCAGCCAAAGCCCGUUCGUGCCGGGCCCGACACCGGGAGCAGCGAGGUGCAGAUCGCCAUCCUCACUGCUAAGAUCAGGGCCCUCGCUCUAGCGCUGGAGGGACCCAAGGGGCACAGGGAUAAGAACAACAAGAGGAGUCUGCGGAUGCUGUGCCACAAGCGGCAGAGGCUGCUGCGGUACCUGGAGAGAAAGGAGCGGGGGAGCGGGAGGUGGCAGCAUCUGGUCGAGACGUUGGGCCUCACCGAGGCGACAUACAAGAACCAAAUCUCACUGUAA